AUGGAGGAUCCUCCACAGGAUCCGCCUCCCCUGCCUCGUCUCCCUCCUGAUCCGGUCUUCCUUGGACCUGAUGCUGGUCUUCGUGGCUCUCUGUUGAGCUCUCCUUCUUCCUCUCCGAUGGAUUUAUCCCCUGCAGUUUCGGUGCUCGACUCAACGGACCCGGAUAAGAACUUGGCUUCCAGUGGCCCAUCCCCUCCCCUCACGGGGUCUUUCAUUUUCGGCUCCUUGAGUCCGAGUGUUCCUCUGCCGUCGGUCCUAUCUGAUGAUACAACUAGGACGGUCCCUGAUUUGGCUGAACCCGGGUCCUCGAAAAUCCCAUCUGCUGCGACUCAUCCGACAAGUAGCUCUAAUCCUUCAGAGUUUGCUUACAAUUGGGCGAGUAACCUAAACUCUGCGUCUAAGUUUCCUCCUCCGUCAGCCACGGUCUCUAUGUCUGCAGAUGGUAGGCCGAGAGUUAAGAUUCCUAAUGGGGUUUUCGAGAGAGGAGCAAAGAUCCAUACUGAUUUCAUCGUUGGAAUCUUCUAUGGUAAAGCUCCAUCUUAUGGGAAGAUCUGGGCUGUCUUAAAUUAUCUAUGGGGCAAGGAUAGAAGAGUUACCAUUCAUCAUCUAGCCAAAAACGCUUACAUCUUCCACAUUCCAUCUCCCUCCUUGCGCAAACGCAUCCUCCAGCACGAACUUUGGCGUGUAGGUGAUUCACCAUUCUUUGUCACCGAAUGGAAAGCAGAAUUUAGUCUAAAUCCUCCUUCUCUUGACAAAGCUCCCGUAUGGGCCAAGAUUCAGGGCAUCCCUUUUGACCUAAUAACUAAUGAAGGUUUAAGCUCAAUCUGUACGCCUUUAGGACGUGUGGUUGAUGCGAAACCUUUCACAAGUAUUUCUUCCGCAGAGGUGAAGGUGAUUGUUGAUCUCACUAAGCCUUUACCAGCAGAAGUUGAGCUGGAAUGCGACAACGGUAAAAUUCUGGUGUUAGAGAUAACCUAUCCAUGGUUGCCUCCCCUUUGUCCGAUUUGUAAUGAAAUUGGUCACAAAGCUACUCGUUGUCCGGCAUCAAGCGCUAAGGAAAAAGCUGAGUUUAAAGGCAAGGGUGUAGCUUCUGAUACGGAUCCAGCUAAGGAAUGGCAAACGCCAAACAGAAAAAGCAAAGGCAAGAAGUCUAAGAAGAAGCAAGUUGACUCAGAUGUUGGUACUAACCCUGCCGGUCCUUCUUCCUCUAAACCUGUAUACGUCGAGAAAUCGAAGGCCUUUUCUACGCCAGCUCAGGUCGUAUCGAGUAACAUGUUCCUUCCUCUUCAGGGUGAGGAGCCUGAGAAGGACUCUAAAAUUGGCUCGUCUCUGCCACUAAGUUCUGACGGUUCUGAUGGUUCUGAGGUCGGGGGUACGUCCGGUGCGUGCUCUACCUCUGAGGGUGGUACUCUUGCCUUGGGUUUCCCUCUUCGCCCUUCUUCAGUCACUGGCUCUACCAUCCAACAGAGCCAAAGCAAGCCCCCUUCAUCAUCUCUGGUAUUGAGUACUGGUACAGGGCUUAAUUCAACGGUUUUCUUCGGCUCAUCUCCUAAAUCUUCUGCGGAGAGGAAAAAGAAGAAGCGUAAAUAUUCAUCUCCGGUUCGUCAAGGAACCAGUGGUUUUCUUCCAAUUGAAUGGAAGAAGGAUCACACCCCUUCUAAAUAA